ACUGUGAGAUCCUUUCCCGUUGCAUAUCCUUGAGGAAAGAACACCUGGAUGGCCAGAUGAAAUACAAAAUGUCUCUUGCUUCAGAGUAACUAAACAGUGGUCCUCUGGCUGCAGAGUGUGCCACAAUGGCAACUGCACCUUACAACUAUUCCUACAUCUUUAAGUACAUCAUUAUUGGGGACAUGGGUGUAGGAAAGUCCUGUUUGCUUCAUCAAUUUACAGAAAAGAAGUUUAUGGCGGACUGUCCCCACACAAUUGGUGUUGAAUUUGGCACAAGAAUAAUUGAAGUUAGUGGCCAAAAAAUUAAACUACAGAUUUGGGAUACAGCAGGACAAGAGAGAUUCAGGGCUGUCACACGAAGCUACUACAGAGGAGCAGCAGGAGCUCUCAUGGUCUACGACAUUACCAGAAGAAGUACGUAUAAUCACUUAAGCAGCUGGCUGACAGAUGCAAGGAACCUCACCAAUCCAAAUACUGUGAUAAUCCUCAUAGGAAAUAAAGCAGAUCUGGAAGCACAGAGGGAUGUUACAUAUGAAGAAGCCAAACAAUUUGCUGAAGAAAAUGGUUUAUUGUUCCUUGAAGCAAGUGCAAAAACCGGAGAGAACGUUGAGGAUGCAUUCCUGGAGGCUGCCAAGAAAAUCUACCAGAAUAUCCAAGACGGAAGCCUGGAUCUGAAUGCUGCAGAAUCGGGUGUACAGCACAAACCGUCAGCUCCGCAGGGGGGGCGACUAACCAGUGAACCCCAGCCCCAGAGAGAAGGCUGUGGCUGCUAGUGACCUCUGUUUCGUGGCUCCAUUUCUGACCUUUCACCUCUGUCUGUUGGAAGCGGUGCUUUUGACUGCUUCCCUGUCUUCUGUACAUCUUACUGGGUUUAAUUAAAACUCUGAGACGAGUUUAACACAGUACUAAACUGCUAAACAACUUUAGAUGUAAUCAGGUUAUCAAAGGCAAGUAGAGUAAUAAAACCUCUCCUGCAUGGUAAAUCUAGAAGUUUUUUUUUUCCUUGAUUGUCCUUGUGAUAGUGUCACCGAUACAUAAUUUAAACUGAGCACUGAUGCUGGACUCAUGAUUUUACACGUUUGCAGGGCUUUGUCUUGUACGGUUUAAUUUUAUGGUUCUUUGGCCUUUCUUCCCCACCUCUACGGUUUAGAGCUGUCCGUAGUAAAGGAUAAGUUUUUGCUGUGAAAUGACUUCGACGGCAGCGAGGGGCUCUGUACCAAUGUGCUUUUGUUGAAAGAAUUCCCUGGGGUGCGUAUGGGGGUAGGGGUGGGCUGGCGCGGGAGCGUACAACUUGCACAGGGAAACAAUCCAUUCGUUCGUGUGCUCAUAGCUUUACGUCAUUUUUUUGCCACUUUUAUCCUUUACAUUUGUUAACAGAACGUAAAUAUGUAUAAAAUUUGAAGGAACUGAGCUAAUGGUUAAAUACAUCCUGUGUAUAUGAUUUUAAUGAAGAAAAUGAUUACUGGCAUUAGAACAGUAUAUAAGAAAAUACCAGUUUGUACAGUAUGACCUAUAUGUGACCACAUUGCCCCCUUAGGACAGAAAUAGGCUUAACCCCUCGUGUCGCCAGUGGCCGUUGUGCUGGGGGAACUCUCAGCCCGACGCAGAAACUAACACUAGUGGAAUCUGUCUUUCACCUUUGCACUGUGGUAUAUCUAUGCCGUUUUAUUAAUCCCGUUCCGUGCAAUCAGCGGUGUGCUAACCUGCUUUUCUCUUCUGUAAGCGUUUUGCAUUAUUGGGCUUCAUCGCCUGCCUUGCAUUGUAUACAAAGGCUGGUUCUCUUGCACAUCUUACGCUUUUAUACCUUUAACUUUUUGAAUGGUCAGAGGCUGAACUGGACGGUCAGAACAACGUGCGUGUGUGUGUGUGCUCUCUAGGGUUUUUUAACUACUGUUGUAUUUUUUUUUUAACAGUCCUGUGUCAGGGUUUCUUUUAAGACUCGGGCUCUUUCACCAAGCCCUUGAGUACGUCCUCCGUGGGGUGACACAGCCUGUAAUGCUCGCGUAGAGGGGAGAUGUCGAGCGGUGACCGUGCACAGGUGGAUGUUCCUGAACUACGUGUGGGGUUUACGGUGGUGUCAGACAGCGAUGCGUGGCUCUACAUGCAGCGCUGCUGUAUUUCACAGGAAGCUUCACUUGGAAAACACUGCAUAUGGCUUAAAAAUGGAAGGGGGUGUAAGUGCUUAACCGUGAUCAGAGGUCCGACCUCAGUCUUACCGCAGCGUUUAAAAUACAAAGUAGUCUUAAAAUCCCUCUCUAGACACUAAAACUAUACAAUGUUCAGACUUGUAAGUAAACAGUGGUACCGAGUAUUGUACAGUCAAUGUUAAAUAAAAGCCAAAACUGGAAUGUGCAGACAAUAGGAUUUGGGUAACUUGUGCACUGUCCCUUUGUUUUGUCUGGUUAGUCCUUUUUUUAACUAAUAUUCUUAAGUAGAUGGGUAUGUUCAAGAUCUACAGCUAAUGCAUCCUGCUAAAACCGAGGUUGCACCACCAAGGGUUUGCCCAGGGACCACGACCUGCUGCUGAUGUGAAGUAAAUGCUGACGUGAAGUAACUGUUCUAAUGAUGACAGCUUGUUGAGGUGCAAUACCUGUACUCCCAGAGUAAGUGACAGUAGUAGGUCUUAUUGUUUCUGUCACAGAGAGGAUUUGUUCGGACUGCUGUACUCCUCAUUUGAUGUAACAAUGCUAUUAAUCUAAAUAUUUGUAAAUAAAGUACCUGUAUCUAGAUAAA